AUGCAACGCCUAAGUUCUUACCGAACUACGCUUCGUCACCGGGGAGUGGCUAUAACAGGGCCAAGAACCCUCAGCCAAUUCUAUGAGGUGUUACAAAACAGGGUAUGCGCAUCGAAAAAUCGUGCUCUACAAUAUUCGGUUACCAUUCGCAAGCCAUUGGAGUCACACUUUUACUACUUUAGACGAGCUUGCAUUUGUGAAGCGCGAUGGCCAAUUGGUAUUCCAGAAGUCUUGGAAUAUGAAGUAGAACCAUACCCUAUACAAAACCUUACGUCUGAAAUUCUGAGAUAUCUUCAGCCUCUUCCUGAAGGCCACCGGUCUGGCUUCUCUGAGAAGUCCAUAUUGAUGAAGAAGCUUCCAGCGGAGAUAAUUAAGCACAUCUGCCUCCAUCUCCACCCGUUUGCUGACCCUGGGGUGAUAUGCACCUACGAAUUGUCACCAAGUAUUUGGCGUGAUCUUCUAUUCCGUCAACAGCUUCUUCCAUGGCUCUGGGAUCUAGAUCCAGCCAUCCUCGAAAGCCAGCCAUUACAACAUAGUAACGGCCAACCUUCAUACUCUAAAGAUAACUUCUGGGACUGGGAGCAACUCGUCCGGGAGCUUGCUCAAGUACAGGCCUUCGAGCCAGGAAAUUCGUUAGAAAAUGCUCCACUACGCUUAAGAAACCGAAAAUGGAUAUGGAGGCUGUUAGAUGAAGGCAGACGUUUUGAUAUAGAGGAUUGGAUAUGGGAUGGAAAGUACCAGAAAGAGCUUGACCUGUUUUACGAAAGUUGCGAGGCAUCCGGUUUGAUAUUAGCAAGGGAUGAAGAUCUCAAUGUGCUUAGUGGUCGCCCACGUAGAUAG